AUGGGAAAUUGUCUAGCUCUUUCUAAACCCAUUUCAGAGCCAUGCUCCAUAAUAUCCACCAUGACAAAACUUGUUAAAGUAGCCAAAGAAGAUGGUAAAAUACUAGAGUUUACUUCUCCAAUUCAUGUCAAAGAUAUCUUAACAAAAUUUCCUGGUAAUUACGGUAUCGGUGUUUCAAAGAAUGCAGCAGAAGCUCUACCACAAGAUCAUGAAUUGAAAGGUGGAGAAUUGUACUACUUGAUUCCUCAUAACAAAGAGGAACUGCCAGAAGCUGGCAUAAAGAGGAUCAAAGUUUUAAUAACAAAGCAACAGCUUCAACAGUUAGUGAGUAAACAAAUAUCGUUACAAGGUUUAUUAUCAGUUGUUAAAGAAGAUGGUGUUCAUAUCAGAAAUGUUCGGAAGCCAAUACUGGACUCUAUACCGGAAGAAAAUGAGUAA